AUUGUAACAUGUAUAAAUAGGUCACCACUUUCCAUCUCCCCUUCUUGCUUAAUUCUCUUCACAUGCAUUUCCUUUACAGCUUUAACUUCCUUCAACUAGAAAACAUUUACUAGUAUUUCCCCUCUCCUCUUCUGACUUCUCCUCUAACUGAAGUUCAACUAGCAGUUUUUCCAUCUAUCUCUGUAUAUUUUGUGGUCUAUAACGCAGCAAAUUACAAAUGGAGUACUGCUUAAACAUUGACAAAAUGAAGGAUGAUAAGGUAGGGAAUAUUCCACACGAAGAAUUCACUCUUGAUGGAACUGUUGAUAUGCAUGGUCACCCUGCUGUGCGUGACAGGACUGGAAGAUGGUUUGCUGGUGUUCUAUUACUAGUGAAUCAAGGUUUAGCAACACUAGCAUUCUUUGGGGUUGGAGUGAAUCUAGUCCUAUUUCUUACAAGAGUUAUGGGGCAAGAUAAUGCUGAAGCAGCCAACAAUGUUAGUAAAUGGACUGGCACGGUUUACAUCUUCUCACUUUUGGGAGCUUUCUUAAGUGAUUCCUAUUGGGGUAGAUACAAGACUUGUGCCAUCUUCCAAGCCAUUUUUGUCGUUGGCCUAGUAUCAUUAUCAUUAUCUUCAUACAUUUUCUUGAUCAAGCCUAAUGGCUGUGGAGAUGAAGAAACCCCUUGUGGAUCCCCUUCAAGUGUCCAUACUGUGCUCUUCUAUGUGUCCAUUUACUUGAUUGCUCUUGGUAAUGGAGGGUAUCAACCUACCAUUGCAACAUUUGGAUCAGAUCAAUUUGAUGAAGAUCAUCCUCAAGAAAGUCACUCAAAAGUGUCCUUCUUUAGCUAUUUCUACUUAGCAUUGAAUCUUGGAUCCUUAUUUUCAAACACUAUCUUAGUCUAUUUUGAGGACAAAGGCAUGUGGACAUUGGGUUUUUGGGCAUCAGCUGGCUCAGCUAUUUUGGCAUUAGUUCUGUUUCUCAUUGGGACACCUAGGUACAGACACUUCAAGCCUACGGGGAACCCCAUUUCAAGAUUUUGUCAAGUGAUUGUAGCUGCAAUUAGGAAAUGGAAGACAGAGCAACCUUCAAAUGGAGAUGAUCUAUAUGAAGGUGAUGGAAGAGAGCUUGCUGAUAAUAGCAGUCGAAACAUACUGCAUACGAAAGAAUUUAGAUUCUUGGAUAAAGCAGCUAUAAUCACUUCAAAGGAGAGACUUGAUAAUCCGUGGAGCCUUUGUCCAGUGACUCAAGUGGAAGAAGUGAAAUGCAUCCUAAAACUAUUUCCAAUUUGGCUUUGUACAAUACUUUACUCUGUUGUGUUCACUCAAAUGGCCUCUUUAUUCGUGGAACAAGGUGAUGCCAUGAAGACUACAGUUUCAGGCUUCCACAUCCCUCCUGCAAGCAUGUCAAGCUUCGACAUCCUUAGUGUUGCAGCAUUCAUUUUCAUCUACAGACGGGUUCUUGACCCUCUUGUUGCCAGCAUAAAGAAAUCAUCUCCAAGAGGACUAACCGAGCUCCAACGUAUGGGAGUUGGCCUCAUAAUUGCUAUAAUGGCAAUGGUAGCAGCUGGUAUAGUGGAGCAUUUCAGGUUAAAAUAUGCCAACAAAGAUUGUUCACAUUGCACCAACUCGAGUUCUUUAAGCAUUUUCUGGCAAGUUCCUCAAUAUGUACUGAUUGGCGCAUCAGAGGUUUUCAUGUAUGUUGGACAAUUGGAAUUUUUCAAUGGACAAGCACCCGACGGAUUGAAAAGUUUUGGAAGUGCACUUUGCAUGACUUCAAUUUCACUAGGGAACUAUGUCAGUAGCUUGCUGGUUUCUAUUGUUAUUAAAUUUUCGACUACCAAUAAAAUGCCUGGAUGGAUACCUGGAAACCUUAACAAGGGUCAUUUGGAUAGAUUUUACUUCCUCUUAGCAGCAUUGACAAUAGCUGAUUUUGUGGUCUACCUCAUUUGUGCUAAGUGGUAUAAGUACAUUGAGUUUGAACAGAGAAGUAGUAGAACGCAAAAUGAAGAGCAGCAGGGGGGUUUGAGAUUCUUGGCUUGACUUUGGAAAUUUCUUCAGAAUUGAUAAACAACAACGACAACAACAAAUAUCAUCUCCCAUAACCCAAUGUUAGCAGGCUGAUCAGCUGUUGGGACGAAAAACUCAUUGGAACUAUCAAUUAGAGUGUAAAAAUAAUUCGUUACGUGUAAGAGGUUAGUGUAUAUAAGUUAAGAAAAAUGACAUGUUAGAGAAGAGUAUGAUCACUAAUUUUCUAAGUUGAGCAAAAGAUGUUCUGUGGGAAUUAGUCAUUGUGUAAAGUCUAAAGAAGAUGGCCAGCAGAACCUCAAAGAAGAAUGAUAUGUACCUAGCUAUUCUUUGCAUUUGUUAUAUUACUUCUCCUCCUUCCAUUCCA